UAAUCAAAUCAACGGUCUCUUUAUCUUCCCACACUCAAUAUUCUUUAUGUAUAGCCGGCCAACCACUUUCUCGAUUUAAUUUUGAUUGUCCUAAUCCCCACUCCAAAUUUCAGAAAACUCACUGUUUUGAUAUUCAAUUCAGCUCAAUAAUUCUCUCAAAAUCUUUUUAUGUCUCAUGUUUUGUUUAUUGGAUGUCUUAAAUUCAUUAUUCAUGUUGACGAAAGUUGCAUUUUUCUUGUCGGAUUUUCCAAAGAGUAGAAAAGGUUCUUGAUUCUUGAAUAGCAUGGAAAAUUCAAGAACAAAUAAUCAAAGAAGACGGAGUUGGACUCCUUCAUCUAUGCGUAGAACACUGUGGAGUAGCACUGAAAGUCCCACAAAAGAUUCUCGAUCCAACGACGAUCAGAAUGGCGUAAAUGUGCAAGUUGUUGCGCGAUGCAGGCCUCUGUGUGAAGAUGAGAUGAGAGCAAAAACAUCGUUAAUGAUUGCGUGUGAUGAGUCCAAACAACAAGUGAUCGCCUCUCCAAACACAGGCAGCAAGCAAACAGAUAAAGUUUUUGUGUUUGAUAAGGUGUUUGGUCCGAAUUCGAAGCAGAGAGAGGUGUACGAUGAUGUCGUUGCUCCCGUCAUCACUGAAGUUCUCGAAGGCUACAGCUGGACCAUCUUCGCCUACGGCCAGACGGGGACGGGCAAGACCUACACCAUGGAAGGUGAAGGACGAAAACACAAGAAUGGUGAGUUCCAUGAAAAUGCCGGUGUGAUCCCAAGAGCAGUGCAGCAGAUAUUCGACGUGUUGGAGAGGGAGAGGGCAGACUACAGCAUGAAGGCGACGUUUCUUGAGCUCUACAACGAGGAGAUAACGGAUCUCUUGGCAUCAUCGGAUGAGGCCAAGAGGCCAUUAGUACUAAUGGAAGAUGGGAAAGGUGCUGUUUUUGUUAGAGGGUUGGAGGAAGAGAGUGUGUAUAGUGUGGAUGAAAUUUGGGCGAUUUUGGAUAAAGGGUCGUCUAGAAAGCACACGGCUGAGACCCUCGUGAACAAGCAGAGCAACCGGUCUCACUCGAUUUUCACCAUCACAGUCCAGAUUAAGGAGCCUAACACCACCGAUGGAUCAGAGCUGAUCAGGUGUGGCAGGUUGAAUCUUGUGGACCUUGCUGGUUCCGAGAACAUACUGCGUUCUGGUGCACGAGAGGUGAGAGCAAGGGAAGCUGGUGAGAUCAACAAGAGUUUGCUGACACUCGGGCGUGUUAUCAACGCGUUGGCUGACAAUUCUACACACGUUCCAUACAGGGAUAGCAAGUUGACUAGGUUGUUGAGGGAUUCUUUGGGAGGUAAGACGAAAACGUGUAUUAUAUCAACAAUUUCACCAUCCAUUCUCUCUCAAGAAGAGACGCUCAGCACUCUUGACUAUGCGUUUCGUGCUAAAUGUAUCAAGAACAGACCUGAGGUGAACCAAAAGUUGAUGAAAUCUACAGUGAUCAAAGAUCUCUACACUCAGAUAGAUAGUCUGAAACAAGAACUUCGUGUUUCGAGGCAAAUGAAUGGUGGUUGUGGUGAUCGACAUAGUGCAGACGCAUUGAGGAAGCAACUGAUGGAGCUGCAAGAACUGUAUAUUUAUCAGCAACAGCUAAGAGUAGAUUUGGAAGAUAAACUACUUAGCACUGAGAGAGAACUGACAACGGCUCGACAAUCUUUGUUUAAUCUUGAAGAUCAAUACCAACAAGCAAAAGGCAUGUGUAGAGAUAAGGAGACUGUGAUAUUCAAUCUCAUUUCUUCUGGAAAAGAACUAACAAAGAAAGCACUUGAACUUCGAUCAGACCUUGAGGGCGCUGCACUGGAUGUGUCUACCUUGUUCGCCAAAAUUGAAUCCAAGAAAAACAUAGAAGAAACAAACAGACAACAUGUAGAGAAUUUUUAUUCUCAGUUAGUUCAGCAGCUUCAAGAGUUAGACGAAGGCGUCUCGGCCUCAGCAACGAGCCAAGAACAGAACUGGAAGGCGAUCCAAGAUGAUACACGACUAUUUCUAACUUCAAAAGUUAAGACGAUAGACGAGCUAUUCAAACAGAUCGAACAUCUGAAAGAGCUGUAUGCAUCCGGUGUCAAUAAUUUGGACGGUUCAGCUGAAGAACUGUAUCAGCAGUCUCAACUGGCAUUAAGUAGAUUGAGCUCCGAGUUAUCAGCUCAUUCUUCGUGCAUUAUGGAUCUUGUGACAAAAAACUCAUCAGAUGCUGAUGCCAUUAACAAUGGUCUAAAAAGUAACAUGAACAAUCUUGAAUUGAGAGUAGAUGCAUUUGUAAAGCAGCAACAGGAGAAUCAUGCGCGAACCUACCAUGCAUCCAAGUCCAUUUCCAGCACUCUUGUAAAUUUUUUCAAGACUUUGAGAGUUUAUGUGUCCAAAUUGGCACUCAUCGAAGAGGAUUCUCAAACCAUCGCCAAACAGAAGCUGCACGCCUUCACGACGGAGUUUGAGGAGUUCUCUGUUGCUGAAGAAAAGGUUUUGUUGGAACAAAUGGCAGAACUUUUGGCGAAUUCGAGUUCUAGAAAGAAGAAAAUGAUACAAGCAGCAGUAGACGACGUGCUAGAGAGCGCCUCUAACCGAGGCGAGAAGCUAAAUCAAGAAAUAUCCUGCAUGCAAAGUUUAACCGUUGAUGCAGAGGGAAAGUGGAAUGGUUUCAUUGACACAACAAAAAGAGAAUAUGUGGAAGAUUCUGCUGCUUUGGAAGCUGGGAAAUGCACUCUUGAAGACGGCAUUCAAUGCUGCAUGAGAAAGGUGGCAGAGGUUUCACAACAAAGGAGGCUGUCUGAAGAAUCCCUCUUGGAUGAUAUCAAGAAGAAUUUCGACUCAGACGAUUCUCUCAUCAAGAACGGAACAGCAGCCAUUGAGAAGAUCCACACUCGAUUUUCAUCCAUUGCAGCGUCGUUUCUUGAAGAAAUGGAUGAUGCUACGAAGAAUUUAAUGUUGUCUGCAGAAUAUCCUCUCCGACUAGACCACGAAGCAUCAGAGAAGGCCGACCUCUUGAGUGCUCGUUGCCUCGUCUACACGAAGCAAACGAGCACCAUCCACUCGGAACAAGUGGGUGAGAUUUCAAGAAUAGCAAGAAAAUCCCUUCUUGAUGACUACUUGGUGGAUAGUUCUUCAUGUCCAAGUCCGAGGAAGAGAGAUAUGGGUUUGCCAAGUAGAGAAGAGAUGGAGAGUUUGAUCAGUUUACAAUCACCCAAAGCAGACAAGGCAGUUGCAACAUAAGUCCACCCACAAAUUGCUCUUCAUCAUCAAAUGUUCAUUCAAAUCAAUAGGCUUCUCACAAUAAGUAACAAGGCUUUUCAUUUGAACCCUUUCUCAUCUCCUAGUAUCAUAUAGUAUAUAUAUAGGAAACUUGGAAUCUUAUGCCACCAAAAGAAAGAAAGAAUAAGAUUCAUGUAACUCAUUAUCUUCAAUAUUAUUUUAAAUUUGGCUCUUCUCAAGAA